CACAAUUGCGUUAGCCUGAGCCCAAAGCCAUUCUACGCAGUACGCACUUACACAAAGAAUUGCUGUUGUUGCAUGCAUGCAUACUGCAUUGAGCAACUUCAACAACACUGACCUCUGCACGCUCAAUCCUUCUGCUCCAUCAACUCCUGCUUUCGUCUUUAUUAGCUCGCCCGUGUGGGCCGUGGCGCCUCACUAGCAACAACAUGAGCCUCCUAACCGCGCUGGGCGUCGCGCACGUUGCGCUGCCCGGCGCCAGUGCGACCGGGCUCCUCCACGCCACUGUUGCACGCGUGGCUCGGUUGCUGCCACUCCACGUCUCUCCGCCAGCGCCCGGGUUUCGGGCCUUACAAAAACAUAGUUCCCCUGCCCCCGCAUCUUCUGAUUCGGCUGUGCCGGUGGUGCCGGGCACCUUGUUUCGAAUCCAGGCGGGCGCCAACGAGGUCCGGGUGCAGCACGUGGCGGGCUGGAGCGACGUUGCCACUGUGCAGGGGCAGCCGGGCGCUGGCAGCAGCAGCACGGCUGCGGGGCAGUGGCGCGUCGAGGCGGUGUCCGCGGAGGCUGCUUCAGCCGCUGCGGGCGGCGGUGUUGCUACAGCCGCUGCGGGAGGAGGGGCUGCAGCUACAGCCGCCGAGCAGACUGGCGCGGGCUCGGGCUUCACCGGACAGCCCAAGGUGUCGCUGCGAUAUGACGUCACGCGUGCUCAGCAGGGCCGCGGCGGCGGCGGGGAUGCCGGGGGCGGGGGUGGUGUGCUAACGCUGUCAGUCCCGGAGAAAUGGAUCAGUCUGGAUGUUUCUACGCAAGGCGCGCCGCUGUCCGUGUCGCGGCUGGUGGAGGCUGACCUGGCCGCCGUCACCGCCGGCGGGGCCGUGCGGCUGGGAGCCAUCCGGGGUCUGGACGUGCACGUCGACACCACCCACACCACCCCGAACGAUACCGGCUCGGUAACGGGCGGGGACGUCAGCGGCACGCGAGUGGCGGUAGCCGCCGGCGGCGCCAUCGACCUCCGACGUGUUGUGGGCGGAGUCAUGGUCCUCACGUCGUUGGCAUCUCCAGCAUCGCCCUCGGCACCUGGGUCGGCAUCCGCUGCGGCAUCUGGGUUGGCGGUGUCUUCCGCCCCCCCGGCAUUGGCUGCAUCUGGGUCGGCAGCAGCCAUCGCAUCUGCCGCCUCGCAUUCGAUUCCGGCGGCUGUGGUGCGGUUGGGUGCUGUGUACGGCUGCUCGCUGCGCCUCAGCACACGCGGUGGCGAUGUGCGCAUCGGCACGUUGGACUGCGGUGGGCACCCGGGUGUGCCCGGCAUGCCGGCAACAGGCGGCAGCAGUAGCAGCGCCGUCGGCAGCAGUAGCAGCGCCGUCGGCAGCAGUAGCAGCGCCAGCGGCAGCAGUAGCAGUGGCAGUAGCAGCACUGGCAGCGGCGGGGCAGAGGUGGGCUCCGGCGGCGGCCGCAUCACGGUGGAUGGGCUGGAGGGGUAUGCGGUGCUCGACAGCGGCGGCGGCGAUGUCAAGGUGCUGGCAGGCGCAGGGCUACGGCACGCGGUGAUCCGUACGGCGGGCGGGGCGCUGGAUUGCGCCCUGGAUCCAGGAACUGCCCUGGAGCUGGUCGAGGUCCGUCAGGCGGGCCGGCUGGAUCUGGAUCCAGGCCUCGAGCCGCACCUGCGGCCUGCUGCACCCGUGGGCCCAGAGACAACGGCAUGGGAGCCGGCUGGGGGCAGAAGCAGCGGCAGUAGCAGUAGCAGCGGCAACGGCGUGUGGCGCGCAUCAGUGGCGGCGGAGCCUGUGGGCGGGCGUGGUGGUAUCCGCGGAUCGAACGCGGCGGCGGUGGUUGGCGCGGAGCCCGCCGGCGCCGCCAGCGGCGGGCGGUUGGUGGUUGAGGCGGGUGGCGGCGCCGUACGGCUGCGGCGGUUGGGCUGGAUGGAAGCGCUCAAAGCCAAGAUGGCGGAGAAGCAGGAACUUCCGCAGUAGCACUAGAGCGGCAGUAGCAGCGGUUACAGUCAUAUAGGACGGCAGUAGCAGAAGAGAUCCAGACAACGCUGCAUUUGGCUAUAGAAUUCGUGUGUGCUGCGGGAAUGCUCAGAGGGGUCGGUGGUUCCAGUGAUCCAGUCAGGUCGCGCCCGCUACUCUGCGAGUCUUAAUGCAUUUGCAGGUGCACGCAUAAUGCGAGGCGUAUUAUGGGCUGAAGUGCUCAUGUGCUAUCCAGGGACUGGCAGGAGGGGCUAAUACGCUGAGUGGAUGUGGGACGCUGAGAAGCGAGAGAGACGCCCAAACAGUCGAAGCUCCGGCACUGGUGCGCAUGGAGGACGACCUUGGCCCACGUGUGAUGCAACCCCUUCAACCCCAUUGCAAGUGUGUCGUAAGACUUGUGGCGCCAGGAGCGGGUCGGGUCUGUCGAGGUGCAGCCGUGCGGAUCGGGCCGUGCCGACCGGCACCAGUCAUGCCAGUACCUUGGA